GCCUUCCCCCCCUUACCAGCUGAUGCGGGGACCGAGUACCGAGCCUCGUGAAGUCAAUCCUUGUUACCAUUACGCAAUAUUCCCUCUUCUCACCUUAAUUCCUCAACAUGGGCUGGUUUUUCGGCGACAGUUCGUCAGACUCGCCACAAACUGAGAGUCACACAUCAUCUUUUGACGAGAACCUAAGCACAGACUCCGGUUUUUCGAGUUUUGAUACCAGCUCUUUAAGUUCAGGCCUGGACAGCAGCAGCAUAGGGAGCGGCGGCGGCAAGGACUCCGAGCUGCAGUCCUUCCUCAUGAUGGAGCAGCAGAAGGCACAGAUGCAGGCCAUGAUCCAUAAAAUGAAUGAGGUGUGCUGGGAGGUGUGUGUGGGCGCACCGGGCAGCCGUCUGGACGCACGAACAGAGACUUGCAUCUCAAACUGCGUGGACCGGUUCAUCGACUCCUCUCUCUUCAUCACCAACAGAUUCGCCCAACUACUAGCCAAGUCUGGGGGAGGAAUGUGAGCUGGGAUGUGUGCUGAUAGAAUGACAGGAUGGAAUAGAUGUUUGUGUUAAGGCUGGAGGAAUGUAAACUUGCAGAAAGGAAUGUAAGAUAAAAAGGAGGAAGAGAUACCAAGAUGCUUUUAAUGGAGUGGAAGAACAGGAUGGAGUAAAUAUUUGGCUGAAUGUGCAUUUAUUAAAGAAAUGUAAAUUGGGAGGAAGGAAUGCAAGAUGGGAAGGGAGAGGAAAGUCCAGAUAAUUGUAGCUAGGAAGGAAGAGAAAAUUAAAUGUUUGAAUAGAUACUUGAGGGAAAAACUGAGGAAAUGUGAAAUCUAUUACAGAAAUGUUAACUUCUUAUCUUACUAAAUGUAAGAUAAGAAGGGAGAGAAAUGUUUACAUGAAUUUAUCUACAAGAAAAGGAAGAAGGGAGAGUAGAGUUGUGAAAUGGGGAAAAAGAGUGUAAUUAUGGAAAUGUUGAAAGGCAAACAUCAGAGAGAGAAUUGUGCACUACCAUUGUAAAUAAUAUUUUCAUUCAAACUUUUCUCCUGUGAACUCAAAUGCUUUUCUUCUUAUGUGAAAUUGGAAAUGUAUUAUGUCUUUUUUUUCAGACAAAUAUCUUUUAUUUUAUGUUUAACUCAUGAUGGCAGGUUAAAGUUAGUUCUUUUUGUAAAGCUUGUUAGAUAUCAUGUAUAAUAUCUAAUGAAACAAAAAAAUAUCAUGUAUAAUAUCUAAUGAAACAAUCAAAAGCUAA